CACCUAUUGUGUUUAUCUGGUAUAUGGAGUCAGGUUAUAAAAUCUGUCCUCAAAUGAAGAUACGGUUGAGAUGGUCAGUAAACAUCGCGCUCCACGCAAGCAAAAGCGCGGGUCACUCUCCAGCAGAGCGCAACUGGCGCGGCUGAUGAAAGAGGUUACGUGCGGAACUGCGACUCGAGCAACAGACCAUGGCGAGAACUUGGCUUCUGCUUCAUUGUCCCCAUCCUCAGAGCCCUCAUCUUCUGGUCACAUCGUAUGCACUUCUGUCGAUGCGAGAGGAAAAGCUAAGACCAGCCCCAUGGUUAACUACGCUAAUAUCCUCCUGAUCGAGCGCUUCCAAGCCGCCGUGGAAACUCGGACUGCUAUCUGCCGGCGGCUUGAACAGCUCGUGCGCAGUUCGACCAUAUACUCGCCAGCGGUGCAGAACCGGCUUGUCCGUUUCCUCCGCGAUGAUUUCAUCCGUGGCGAUAGGACGCUUCAGAUAAUCGAGGGUCUCAGGCACUCGGACUUCAUUAGCGCACCUCCUAGUGAGGAUGGAAUUGAUAUCGUGCGGGAAGAAGUCUCGGAGAGUACAAAAAUGCUCUUCGAGGGGAGUAAGGAACUAAUGGUAAUCGGGGACCAGAUCGCGACGUAUUUUUCGUAGCAGGCACGAGUCUCAUCCCUCGUUUUGUUAAUUGUGGUUAGCUUCGUAGCUCAUCAAGGUGUUUGAACAUGGCAGGGUCAAUGAUUCAGAUUGUCAGGCGUAUAGUACAUAUGUGGCUUGUAAUUCCAAAAACAGUUCGUUGUAAAAUCGUGCACAUGGUAUCCUAGGCUCUAGUUGUUUCGUACACGGCGCUUGGCUCGAGAACGCGGACCGAGCCAGAGUAUCAACCAAAUCAUCGGGCUCGUAGAAAGACUAAUCAGUGCGAGGAUCGUGUAGGUCCAUCCUACACCUACACCAUUCAACAUCAAGUCUAUGACCGAUACGCAUGCUGCCCCAAGCGCGCAUCGCACUAAGUUGUUCUGUGGGUGAAAGGAUU